AUGUCUUUAGCUUCUUCUGUUGCAUUAGUAAUUGCAAAUGAAGCGUUGAAAUAUGCAAAAUGGAUUCAAUUAAACGAGUCUGAUUUGGAAUCUACAGGUGUAGCUGUGGGUAUGGGGAUGGGGUCCAAUCAUUCUGUUUCGACGGAAUGUGCUACUGGUGCCCAUGCAGUAGGAGAUUCGUUCCGUUUUAUUAGAAAUUAUGAUGCUGACGUAAUGAUUUGUGCAGGGACAGAGGCAUGCAUUAGUCCUUUGGCUACAGGGUUUUGUCAGUUGAGAGCCUUCAGCACUUCUUUUAACGACGAUCCAACCGACGCAUCUAGACCAUUGGAAAGAGAUAGUUUUGUGAUGGGUGAGGGCUGCACCAUCCUGGUCCUCGAAGAACUAGAAUAUGCCAAGCAAAGAAACGCUCGCGUUUAUGCUGAAAUAUUGGGCUACGGUUUAUCGGAGGAUGCGUAUCAUUUAAAGACACGAAGGCCGAUGGUUAAAGCGUAGUUUUGCUGCAGGGAAUCUAGAAGCUGUGUUCACUAUCAAAGCAUUACAGGAGGGAAUCCUGCCUUCCACAAUCAACCUAGAGGAUCCUGUUGAGGGUGCACCCUUCAACUUUGUUACAGAAUUAAACAAAAAAUGGUACUCUAGAGGUCGCAGGAUUGCUCUGAAAAAGCAUUUGGUUUUAGAGGCACGAAUGCUACAAUAUGCUUAGCGCAAUUUGAAGAGUAAUGUUAAGAAUUAAAAGUUACCGUUGUAAUAAAAAACUUAACUAAUUGUAGUUUAAUAGAUAAACAUAUUAA